AUGGAUUCUGGGACUCCUUGGGCUGCCAACCCCACUCCCUGGGGCACCCUCUCUGCUCCCAAUGCCACAACACCCUGGCUGGGCCGGGAUGAGGAGCUGGCCAAGGUGGAGAUAGGAGUCCUGGCCACUGUCCUGGUACUGGCCACAGGGGGCAACCUGACUGUGCUGCUGAUGCUGGGGCGGCUGGGCCGCAAGCUCUCGCGCAUGCACCUGUUUGUGCUGCACCUGGCCCUCACUGACCUGGGGGUGGCGCUCUUCCAGGUGCUGCCCCAGCUGCUGUGGGACAUCACCUACCGUUUCUGGGGCCCCGACCUCCUUUGCCGGGCCAUCAAGUACCUGCAGGUGCUGAGCAUGUUUGCCUCCACCUACAUGCUGCUGGCCAUGACGCUGGACCGCUACCUGGCUGUUUGUCACCCACUGCGCAGCCUCCGGCAGCCCAGCCAGUCCGCCUACCCACUCAUUGCCGCUCCUUGGCUGCUAGCCGCCAUCCUCAGCCUCCCUCAAGUCUUCAUUUUCUCUUUGCGGGAGGUGAUCCAGGGCACCGGGGUGCUGGACUGCUGGGCAGACUUCCGCUUCCCUUGGGGGCCACGGGCCUACAUUACCUGGACCACCCUGGCCAUCUUCAUCCUGCCCGUGGCCAUGCUCACGACCUGCUACAGCCUCAUCUGCCACGAGAUCUGUAAGAACCUAAAAGGCAAGACGCGGGCCUGGAGGGUAGAAAGAGGGGGCUGGAGGAAUUGGGACAGGCCUGCACCAUCUGCCCCGGCUGCGGCCACGCAGGGGCUGCCAUCCCGCGUCAGCAGCAUCAGCACCAUUUCAAGGGCCAAGAUCCGAACCGUGAAGAUGACCUUCAUCAUUGUGCUGGCCUAUAUCGCCUGCUGGGCACCCUUCUUCAGCGUCCAGAUGUGGUCUGUGUGGGACGAGAACGCGCCUGAUGAAGAUUCAACCAAUGUGGCCUUCACCAUCUCCAUGCUUUUGGGCAACCUCAGCAGCUGCUGCAACCCCUGGAUCUACAUGGGCUUCAACAGCCACCUGUGGCCGCGCCCCCUGCGCCAUCUAGCCUGCUGUGGGGGCCCCCGGCCCGGGAUGCGCAGGCAGCUCUCCAACGGCAGCCUCUCCAGUCGCCGCACCACGCUGCUGACCCGCUCCAGCGGCCCGCCCACCCUCGGCCUCAGCCCCAAACUCCGUGGGAGGCCUGGGCCCCAAGAGUCACUGAAGGGCUCAGAGCCGGUGGAUGGGGAAGCCAUCACUGAGACCGGCAUCUUUUAGGGAACACUCCCCAGAGUCUGGUGCCGCCCAUGGGGCUAGCAGAGGGUCUUUGCUCAUCUCAGCUCUGGGUAUGAAUGCUGGGAGGGUCAUGGGUGGAGAGAGGGGAACCCAGUUUGAGGCAGGGUGGGGCGGUCAGAAUGGCUGCCAUCAUUCGCUCCCAGUCUCACACGCUGGAAGUCAGGGAGAAUCAAACCAUCUGCUUCCCUGAUCCUGCCACAUUCACGGUGUGUGGGAACACACCCCGCAUCUGGGACGGGCCCAGGACGGCCCUGACUGGGGGUCCACAGGUGGGGGGAACUCAGAGGCUGGUCUCCAUCUUGGCUGGCUGUCCCCAUUCUGACCUGACUAGCAUACCCCAGCCCAACCCGAGAGGGGAGAAGUGAAACUGUGAGCAGGACCCUGU